AUGAGCGGCCCGUACAACUAUGGCUUCAGGCCUCCUCAUGGACAAUCGCCUCUAAGCCCCGAGACGCCGACGAGUGCAUACAAGACCAAUUUGGGCAGGAAGAAAACUAAGAAAUGGGUUGAGGCCAAGGCACAGAACUACGACGGCGAUGACUGGGGUAACGACUUUGACGACGAGGAGCCCGAAGAACCGAUUCCUGUCCCACCUCUCAAGCCUGCCUCUCGUCAACCGAGUCCUAGCCAGGCAACAACUGCGAAUCUACCGUCGAACCUACCGUCACACCAGCCACCUGCGCCUCAAUCCGCGGGACUGCCAACGAUGCGACCGCCGGAGCCGGCCUUGAACGAGUCGGGAUUGUCCACCAGCCCUCGGGCCACGGCAGGCCUACCGCCUUUGCAAAUCCAGACUCCGUCAUCACCCGCGCCUGCGCCUGCGCCUGCGCGCUCCGAACCGCAAAAUGUUCAACCUCCGAUUGUUUCGGGGCCGUCCUCCAUGGACAGUGUUUCUGACAAGGGCCCUUAUGAGCAGUUCGUGUCGCCGCAAUCUGCUCAUACUGGCCCAACACCGGAGCCCUCUCUCGUUCGGAACGAACAAUCGCAAAGUGUGAUACCUCCGAAUGGCGGCCGACGAACUUCACCAGCGCCGGCGCAACCGCAAUCCGCCCGAUUCCCACCUCGCAAGAGCAGUAUGGGCCAACAUGACAGUGAUCGCCUUCCUAGUUCUCGGUCAAGCUCCACUCAUCCUCCACAGGUCGAGCAGCACUCGGGAUCUCCUUCCGAUAUCAUAUCGCCUGGCGCGUCCUCGACUUCGAAGCCGUCUUUUGUUCGACCCUCGGAUAUCUAUCGCCGCGUCGACAGUGAGAAGGAUAGGGAACGAGGUUCCAUGGACUCGGGACGACCCAGUCUGGAUAGCAGCGGCGGCUUCAAGACCGACCGCUCGCUUUCUCCCGCCAAGCCAUCCCCUGCUGACACUGGAAGUGGCGAACAAGUGGGUGGCAGCAGUUUGGGAAAGCCCGAAGGAGCAGAUGCAAUCCAAGGCAAUCUGCGACCGACCCUAGCGCCUGUUGCAGAGGGGAAGAGCGAAUACGGCUUCGACAACGUGCUUAUGCGACCUCAAAACCAUGCCCAAAAUCAGACAAUGCCCCCAAGUUCUGAAAGUCCCAACCUGGGCAUUCCAGCGCCCGCGCCUGAACCUCAGAUUGAACGUCCUAGUGAGGAAGAAGUUGCUCAACAACGCCGCUACUCGUCCAGUCCGCGUUUGCCAGACCUGGCUCGCAUGUCUCUGUUCGGGGACGAUUUCUUUUCUAACCCCGGUAAAUUUGCCGACGAUGCACCCCCAAUGCCUGCGUUGACGCCACAACUUCAAGCAGCAGCGGCGGCGUCAGCACCACAACAUGUUGGAAAUCCGCCGGCUGCUCCUGUUGCAUUAUCGACCGGGAGCUCAACACCCCAACGAGCCGACUCCCCUCGAGUGUCUGAGCAAAUCCUAAAGGAUUCAACUCCGCCGGCAGAGGUUCCUCGAAAUCAAGAAAACGUAGAUCCCGCCAAAUCGGAUCUGGCAUCUCUGCCAUCGCGGCCCUCUCUUCCUGGCGGCUGGGUCACUGAAACUAGAUCAGUCACUGACGAGCAGACGCCGCCUGCUGUUGCAGAGAAGAAGACCCUGGGCGUUGAUCCUGGCGAAGUUUCCCCGGUCUCCGACAACGAGCAAGACGAAAUCCCAGGCAGCGGUGUCACAAUUAUGAAGGGUGUGGCGUCGAUGGCGAUACCCAUCCCUAAUGCAUCGGGGCAACCAAUGCCUGCCUCAAGCCAAGCCAGUGAGGAAAGCCACUCGGCCGACGCUCCCGUUGAUCCCCUGGCUCCGUUGAAUGCCGGGCACUCGGAUCCUUCUUCAUCGCGCUUCGUAGCACCUGAGAAAUUGCAACGCGAAUCUACUAUGAGCACAGUCACUUCACCGUCCCCUGUCAAAGAGAGCGACAAGCUACGGGAGGAAAUCAUGCGGAGCCUCAGUCCAGUCCGGCCUACAAGUGACUUCGAUAGCUUUAACGGCAAUCGAGCGGGACAGUCAGAGGAGGAUACCGGCCCUCGCGAGAGCACAUACCUGCACGGUGUCUAUGAUGAUUAUUGGACUGCAGGCGAUGAUAAGCCUGAUGUACCAGAGCUCACGGCGAAGCAGCCAGAGCUGGAUGUUCACUCUGUCGCAAAACAGAAUGUCUCCGAUGUGCCUCCUCUGAGCCCUCGCAAGGAGAAUGCAGGAACGCCUCCGACACUUGGUCGACGAUUUUCCUGGGAAGCGGAAUCGCAACAAGUCACGCCGGGCCCGGGUGAUUCCCAAGAGAAACCCGUGUCAGACUCCCAGCCACAAGCUGCCCCUGUGGCGCCUGUCAGCUCAAGCUCACCUGCCCUUGGACACGAACAGUCUCCGGCAUUGUCGUCUGAAGAGACAAGGGACGCUGAGCAAACCCAGCCAUCCACCAGCACUAUGGACGAGACGCAUAUUGCAGUGCCAACAACUUCAGGCACGAUGUCACACCAAGUGUCGCAGGUCAGCUCGGUGCCGAGAGAGCGGCUGGACUCAGAGAAUAUUGAGCCUCCGUCGCCCGUGUCAGCCGUGACUGAUAAGAACCACGCCUCGGCCGCCCCUCCCCGACGCCUGUCCCUCGCGGAAGAAAAGUCAAUGGUUCGGGUUUCGUCCAAUCCCGUGUCCCCCAGCCCACCGCCGGGCGAACACCCGGCGCUGGCUCGAUCUUCGGAAGCGACAUCGCCUCCGCCUGCCGAGCCGUCGCAAGACCAGCCAGCCGCACCUCUUAAGAUCAUUAACUUCAAGGAGAUCAUGGAGAUUCAAAACGCAUCGGAGAGAAUCAAUAAGUACAACGAGACUAGAGCGCAAUUUGCAUCAAUGGAUUCGGGAUUAAACAAUUGGCUCGUCAACCUCAAGUCUCAGCAUCCCGAGCACGCCAAUGCGACGGCGUCAUUCGCGGCCAACGUUUCAAACGUUGGCCAACCAUCAACAUCACCAACAGCGUCCCAGCCAAAUUCUCAACAGCCCUACUAUCAGCAGUAUCUCAACGCUAGCUCGACCAAUGUCAGCACAGUAGCAGCCACAGCAACAUCGUCGGGUCGUCCUCCCGCAGGCAGCGUAUCCAUGGGGUCCCAUUCGCCUGGGAGCGAUUUCAAGCAUUCGAGUGGUCAAGUCGGGGCAAAGGGCAAGGGACUGUUGCUGGCGGCGGGUAAGGCGGGUAAAGGUUUAUUGAGCAAGGGCAAGAACAAACUCCGUGGCACUGGGGACAAGACCAUCCCGGAACAUCCGGCAUCUCAAACUCCACCGCCUCAACUACCCCAGACAUCACGUAUCUCCCCAUUCGACGCCUUGACUCAGGAAAAACAGGCCUCGGCUUGGGCCCCACCCCGGCCUCAGACCCCUAAGCAUCCCGCCGGUGUUCGCCGGGAUAGCGAGUCCGAGCCCGUCUCGCCCGUCUCGGACACCCAGUCCAUGUCGGCCCCUAACCAUCACGACAACGCCGACGAUGGAGAUGCCUUCGUUAACGGCACCGGCGAUCUUCAGGUUCCAAGACCUAUUGGCAAGACCCAACCGUCGUGGGAUCCCUUUACAGGCACACCCUUGGUUGAAGAGGAAGGCUUUGAAAUGGGGCAAUCCAGGGAUCCGAGUCCCCAUGUUCAGCAUGCGCCUCAUGCUGCCCCCGCUGCGCAAUUCCACAACGCUUCGACAACGAAGAACGCCAGAAGUGACGAUGACCGGGUCGUCGUAUCGCCGCAGUCAGCUCCAUCUGAGCAAGUUUAUGUUUUGUCCCCCGAGUCGCCACAAUUGGUGCGUUCAUUCCAACCCACGGAGUCUAGUAGAGAGAUCUUUGACAACGAAGAUGAAUCGGAUAUUGCUGCUGGCGAUACUGCAUCUUCAGAUGCGCAACAGGCGUCACAGCAGGACCAAGACCAUUUGCAUCGCAACACUCAACAUCAAGUACUCCAGCAGGAGCUGGAUCAAAAGACUCAGCAACAGAACCAACUCCAGACUCGUCAGCAGCUUCCGUCGCAACAACAGUCGGUAUCACCUCAGCGCCAAUCUUCCUUCGUCGGCCUUCCACCCAUCAGGCGGAGUUCUACAUUCGGUAUCAAUCUCACCAAAAGAGCAAAGAAACGUUUCUCUCUUGAAGAGGACGACGAUGUUGACGGUCAGGUUAUCGUGUCUUCUCCGGUUUCCACGGUUACCACAAGCCAGGACGUGAUCGAUGCCAACGCUGCAUCACUUCAUCAACAUGUAGGUCGGGAUGCGUCUACUCGGUUCGCACAACCUGCCCGAAUCGAGACCGGGCUUUCAGCAUCGCGCAAAGAUAGUGCCAUGUCCCACCAAGUCAUCUCAGCCACAUCUACCCAGGCGGCAACACUCGCCACAGAGAGCACUGGGGUUGCAUGGGGCGAUGAUGAGAAGAGGGCUUUAGAUCCCCGGCAUUCCUUCAGACCUGGCGGUUCUACUCCUCAACCUAUCGAUACAAAGCUUGCAAUGCAACAAGCAGGACGAACUGGCGGUGGCCCACCACUCGGCAUGCGCUCACAACAGGGCGUGGUCCCUGGAAAUUAG